AAAAGUUUUGAACUUAUUGUGAUUGCAAGCCAAAUUUCUAUUAUUUGAGCAACAUGGUCGCAUUGCUGAGGCUGAGAAGUGAGGGAAUGACGUGAAAAACCAAGAUGCUUAGUCAUUUGUUUUUUUCUCCCUCAUGCAAUUUUGCUUUUGUGCAAAUUGAUAAAGAAACAAAAGCAAGGAAAUCAUGUCGCCGCAGCAUCAUGAUCUAGUCAUGUUAACGAGUAAAGUUGAUGGACCACUGCCAGCAUUUACACAAAUCUGGCAUGAAGUUUUUGCUUACAUUUCCUUCUGUCGUUUUGGUGCUCAAAAGACUUCCUUUUUGUUCGUCUUUCCGCCCGUAUGCUAGCUGACUUUGAUGUAACAAUCAUUAACUCCCACCACCUUAUACAUCAGUGAAGUUUGUAUUUUUUUCUCACUUCAACAUAAGAUUUAUUUUCUUAGAGCACUUUUUCCGUCUAUAACAGAACACAAACUUAGCAGCACGAAAUCGUGCAUUUGUAGAUCUUAGCAUAGUGUACUGCAGCAAUCAAGAGGGCAUCUUGGCUGCACUAACACUCAGCAUUUCAUCUUAAGGAAUAUAUAUCAUAACAGAGGAAAAGGCAGUUAGGGUGGACUAUAGACGCUUACCAGGAAGUUCUUCAUUGAAUAUGGCUAUUUUUCCAGUAUAAAUGCAUUGCGGCUUCAGAGAUGAGAUUUUGUGGAGCCUCAAGUUGAUGGCCUGCUCACCAAUAACCAGUGACAAAAAGACGUUAAAGAGGUGGUUUUUCAUAGAUAAAAGAGUCGGAUAAAAGGGUGUUGAUUGCAAGUUCUGACACAACGCCAAUCAGUUCAUUGAAUUUAUACCCAAUUUUGUGGCAACGCUCGGUUAAGUUGUCUGCAUCCAAUGGACUUGAAGUCGACAAACGCGUCUCCAGUUCUCGCCGAUCCGGCCCCAAUAAACAAGUCGAGACUGGGGAUCCAUUCUAGCCUCUUGCCUUACUCACAAUCAGGGUCGUCAUUCUCGACUAGCAUCCUCACUAGGAAAAAGCCGGCAAAACUCGACGAUGUUCAGUCCAAUGGCUGGCUCGACGCGAUGCAAUCUUCCUCCCCACCACGGAAGAAGGCCCUCAAAGACAGCAACAACAUUGACAUUGUUUCUGAUGAAGCAGAAAUCACAUACCAGUCUUGGCUGGUUAGAUAUCCGUCCGCUCUCAACUCCUUCCAAAUGUUGAUGGAUCGUGCAAGGAAUAGGAAGUUAGUCAUGUUCUUAGAUUACGACGGAACGCUUUCCCCAAUUGUGGACGACCCCGAUCGAGCCUUUAUGUCGAGCGAAAUGCGCUCUGCUUUAAAUAGUGUAGCAAAACAUUUUCCAACAGCCAUCAUUAGUGGAAGAAGCCGUGAUAAGGUCUAUGAAUUGGUAGGACUAACAGAACUUUACUAUGCCGGCAGUCAUGGAAUGGACAUCAUGUUUCCCGCCAAAGAUAUGGUGUCCAAAAACCAUGUAAAUUGUGUCAAGUAUACUGACAGUGAGGGCAAGGAGGUGAAUCUCUUCCAGCCCGCUAGUGAAUUUUUGCCCGUGAUCAACGAGGUUUUCAGAAAACUUGAUGAGAUUGUCAGAGACAUCAAAGGUGCAAAGGUUGAGAACCAUAAAUUUUGCGUCUCUGUACAUUACCGUAACGUAGAUGAGAAUAGUUGGCCUGUAAUUGCACAAUUUGUUCAUGACAUUCUGAAGGAUUAUCCUCGAUUGCGCCUAACUCACGGGCGAAAGGUUUUGGAGGUCCGUCCCAAGAUCAAUUGGGACAAAGGAAAAGCCGUUGAAUUCCUUCUUGAAUCUCUAGGAUUUAGUAGCAGUGACGACGUGCUCCCCAUUUACAUCGGUGAUGACAGGACUGACGAAGAUGCAUUCAAGGUGUUGAGGGAGAGGAAUCGCGGUUAUGGAAUCCUAGUGUCAGCCGUCCCAAAGGAAAGCAACGCUUUCUUCUCAUUGAGGGAUACUUCUGAGGUCCAGGGAUUCCUCGAAUCCCUCGUGAGGAUGGCGCGAGACGGUGGAACGAUGAAGGAGAGGAGGCCAGAACCAUCUGGCUAUUAUACAGAUUAACUUGAUUUUAGGUGUAAUAUAGUUAAUUUCCCAAUUAAUGUGGCUGAUGAAUUGGCCCUAGUAGUUAUUUUAUUUUUAUUUUUAUCGGGCAUUUUGUAAUU